AUGAAGAUAAAGUAUUGGAGUCUUUUUACAUGGCAUUUUUUAGGAUAUUGGGGAUUUUCAGGAAAUGGAGAACUUAGAGGUGGAGGAAUUACAGCUUCAAAUUUUCAGUUAUUAAAAAAAAUCAGGAAUCCCUAUUCAUUCAGGCUAUGCACCAUGUGCAUAGCCAGGAAUCAGCAGAAACCCUCUGUAUUUGCAAACACUUUGUGCUAUAAAAAAAUAAUUUUAAAAGAGCCACCUGUAUAUGUAUAUAUAUUUAAAGACAUGAAGGUUUUGAUACUUUUUUACAAAAAUUACAAGAAAAAAAAAACAAAUACCUGUACAAACCAUGUGUUUUAA